AUGAGGGAGCCACUGACACGCCCCUGUAAGGCAGCCUCCCUGAGCGAGCAGGAGCAGGUCAGGGGUGAGUGUGGAAUGAUGACAGCCCAGGGCAUCCUAGGCCCCCGGGGAAAGAGCAAGCUCCCUGUGCUUCCUGACCUCCGCCUCAUUUGCGGAUACACGUGCUCAUGUCGGGAGACACCUGGAGUCAUGUCAACUCCUGUCCCCCAUUCUGCAGGUCCACAAGUCACCAGGUUCCAUUCCCCUUCCCCUCCACAUAUCUCAGAGCUGUCACAGACUCUCCAUGCCCCAUUUCAGGGGUCUUGGCCCAGGCCUUGUCAUGCCUUAUCUGGACCAAGAGCAGUGGUCCCCAACCAGCUCCACCCAGGUACCCCCUGCCCUGCCCAUGUCCCCCACAGUUGCACCAUGCCUGCUGGCACCUGCCCUCUCUUCACUGGUGCACCAGCAGCUGCAGAGGCAGGGCUGAACCCUGGGCCCGCUCUCAGGGCCCCCACCUCCUGCUCAUCCUCCACAUGGCCCAAGCCCUUCAUGACUGUUUGCCUCUUGCCCACAUCUUCCAUGUUGACGUCGCCUGGGACUGGAGGAUGCAUCAGAGCACGGAUCCUUGAGCCAGCUUAA